AUGUCACUCAAAACAAUACUUACGGCCUUGCUCGCCCUCUGGCUCCUCGCGAUCGUCCGGCCCACGGAAUGCCGACCCGACACUGAGCGAGUAUGCUCUGUACGACCCCUUGGUGCGGGCAGAGACGACACGGAGCAGGUUCUUAGAGCGAUUGAUACCUGCGGACACGGCGGUAGAGUCGUCUUGGAAGCUGGCUCCUUCAACAUAACACGGAAGAUGACCUGGGAUCUGAGAGAUUCUCGCGUGGACGUCCAUGGCGUACUGAGCUUCCAGCCAGACAUCGAAUAUUGGUUGAACGCGACCAAUACAUAUCGGGUCGUCUUUAUCCAGAGCCAAGCAUCCUGGUUCGUCGUAACAGGAGAGAACUUCGUAAUUGAUGGGCACAACACGGGUGGCAUUGACGGGAAUGGCCAGGUAGUCCUUCCAAAUCCUCAUCCUAUUUCAUCGCCUUGGUGGUCAUUCUUCGCUACCCGUACCCGAGCAGACGGCGACGGACGUCCUAUCUCCUUUACGCUCUGGCGAACGACCAACGCGCUCGUCAAAGACUUCCACAUCCAGGCGCAGCCCUUCUGGUGCAAUACCGUUGCGGAAUCCCAAGGCGUCAUCUACGGUGAGUCCCCCAUCCUCUUUCAUUCUUGGGUUGAGCGUGGCCCUUUUGGUGGCGAUGCGGGGAAGAAGGGUGACCCGGUAGCAUCAACAUCGACUGACUGGCAUGACUCGGAUGCAGAUGGUAUGAAAUGCAAUGCGAGCAACAGCGACCCAAGCUUCGCCGGCAAGAAUAUUGUCCCUAACACAGAUGGAAUCAACACGUACCGCAGCACCAAUGUGUCGCUUCUGAACUGGGACAUAACAUGCGGGGAUGAUUGCCUUGCCAUCAAAGGAAAUUCGACCGACCUGACGGUCCGCAACAUAACGUGUCGGGGAGGGAAUGGGAUUGCCUUCGGUUCGUUGGGACAGUAUGCUAACUUGUCGGACAACGUACGCAACGUGGACAUGAGGGAUUUGAAGAUGAUUCGUAUCGAUCCUAAUAUCCAACCGAAUAUGGGCAACGGGGUCUAUUUUAAGUCGUGGACCGGAACAGUCAACGGCUCCCCACCAACCGGUGGCGGAGGCGGAACUGGUGUCGUCGACAACAUCACUAUCAGCAAUGUUUUACUCGAUCGUGUCAAUGCACCCCUCCAUCUCUAUCAAACAAACGGCGGUCACUCUGGCGAUACUCCAUCGCAACUGAAAUUCGGAGGCCUGCGCUUUUCGAACUGGUCUGGAACUGCUUUGACCAACAAAAUCGUCGACAUUGAAUGCAGCCCCGCUGUAGGUUGCCAGGAGGUCGUUUUCGAGGACUUUUCCGUGGCUGGCCCGCAAGCGCAAGCGCCUAGGUUUAUAUGCCAGAACGUGCGCGACUUGUCUGGACUCGGCGGUAAGUUCCUCCUUCCAACUUACAUUCCAAGCUUGACAGCCCAUUUAUUCGCUGCAGUGCCCUGCAACUCGACGGGAUCGGCGUAA